UAUUUUGGUCACAAAUAGCUUUGGAGUUGUCGGCACAAGGAGCAGUAUUCACAGAUAUUUAAAACAGACUGGACGCAUUUACUAGCACUCUUCAAUUAGUUAUUUCAUAGUUUACAUAUCUAAGUAGGCAUAAGAGUAUUUUGAAAACAUGUCUUUGAAAAUUGAAGCUGAAACGAAACUUGAUUCUGAGCCGUGUGUGUUGACCUGGGGCAACAAAUUGUUUGUUGGCUCUGAAAACGGGUCGAUCAAAGCAUUUGAUACUAAUUUAACACCGAAAGAGUCAUGGACGGCGCAUGCAGUGCAGCCAUUUGCCUUGGCUACUGACGGAGACACCCUGUACUCAUCAUCAAACGACGGAGGAAUCCGGGUGUGGUCCAUGAAGGGGGACCAGGUCACCGAGCUAUCUUCUACUGGAGCUGAUGUGGGAGCCCUGCAUGUGUAUGACAGACAACUUUACGCCGGCGAUGAGGACGGCAAUAUUAUUAUCUAUGAAAAGAAUGAGAUAAAGGCACAAUACAAUGUUUUGGAAGAAGUAAAAGAUCUUUGCUUCAGCCCUCCAUUCCUGUUUACAGUUCGGGAUCUCUACGUUACAGCCACUGAAAUAAAACCUGAGGAAUCGAAGACACGUUUUAUGACACGACAUACAAUGGAAGGACGAGCUCCCUUACAGAUAACUGGAAACAGACUCCUGUUCAUGUCCAGAGAUGGCAAUAGCUUGCGGUUACAUGAUGCUUCCGUUGACUCUACAUUCAAAUCCCUCGAUGAAGUCAAGGUAAGCGACAUGAUCGUAACAAGUUUGUCCGCAAGUGGGCAGUACGCAUGGACCGGCGGUUGGGAUGGCUUCGUGCGCCGGUGGAAGAUAGCUGGUGACAAACUGGAAGCAGCUGGAGAUAUCAAUCUUGGUGGUUGUAUCAAUUCCCUGUAUGCCUCGGCUGGUGACUCCGCUUAUGUAGCUGUGACUGGGGGGAAAGUAGUCUACCUGCGCGCUGUAUAGGAGAUAAGAAUAUAUCUGUAGUGUGUACUUAUUGUUGCGUUGAGUCCCAGUGUGAAUGCAAAGAGAUAAUUUUAUAUUUGAUGCCUAUAAAUGUUUGUCAAUUAUAUAUAAUUUUUAUGAGUGAGUUUAAUAAAGAAAUCUGACUUA